AUGGCUAGAAUUGGUAUAAUGUCUGGUUUCAGAAGUACAGAUACAACAGCCAAAACCGCAUUGAAGCUUGCUGUUUCACGGAUACGGCUUUUGAAGAACACGAAUGAAGGGCGUGUGAAGCAGCUUCGGAGAGAAUUGGCCCACUUGCUUCAAUCUGGCCACAACCAUGCUGCAAGAGUCCGGGUUGAACAUGUGGUCAUGGAAGAGAAGAGAAUGGGAGCAUACAAUCUUAUUGAGAUAUACUGUGAACUCAUUGCAGCUCAUAUGCCCAUGAUUAAAUCACAAAAAGAGUGCCCCAUCAAUUUGAAGGAAGCAAUUUCAAGUGUAAUAUUUGCAUCCCCAAGAUGUUCAGAUAUACCUGAGCUUGUGGAGGUGAGGAAGCGUAUUACGGCUAAGUAUGGAAGAGAGUUUGUCUCAGCGGCUGUUGAAUUACGCCCUGGCUGUGGCUUGGUUGAGAAAUUGUCUACCAUAGCACCCGAUGGUCCAACCAAAAUCAAAAUACUGAUUGAAAUUGCUGAGGAAUAUAAUAUCAGAUGGCAACCGUCUUUAGAAGAAAAUGCUGAAAAAUUGUCUCGUGAUUUGCUGGUUGGACCAAAUACUUUUGAGAAGAGUACAUACGUGGAACCUCCACAACUUCAUGUUCCACCUGUUGAUGAUGAAAGAGGAACCCCAAGUUUACGAUCUUCUUGUCAACUUAAAGAAAUGCGAGAUAAGUCUAAAAGUUUUUAUGAGAAGCAUGGAAAAUUAAAUCCUUCAGGUACUAGAAAUCAAGAAAUGGAUUUUGGAAACUUGUACCCUGAAAACAUGAGUGCUUUUCAAAAGGGUAGACAGAAUUGGGAAAUGGAAUUCAAGGAUGCUGCAACUGCUGCACAGGCAGCUGCAGAAUCUGCAGAACGUGCAAGCGUGGCUGCAAGAGCGGCUGCUGAACUUUCUAACCGUGAAAAGUUAACAAGGCAGGGUUCAAAGAGUUCUUCUAGAGGAGGGUUAAGAGCUGAAUUAUCCCAAGAAUAUGCUUUUCAUGCUGCCAAAUAUCUUUCUGCUGGUUAUGUUAAUAGCACAUUCCGAAGAAGCAGUUUUGAGAUACACCAUGAACAAACUAAUCCAAGAGAACAACAUUUCCUGGUAGGAACACACAAUGAACAUUACAUAGCAAACAAGAAAUCAAGCACAAGUGGCUCAAGUGCAUACUUAUAUUCUGAUAGUAGUGAUUCUGAGGUUGGAGAUCCUAAACAAAAUUCAGUUACUCUUGCACAUCCUACCAGUGAUUUGUCUAGAAGGAUGUUAGCUCCUUCAAAAACUGGAACAUGUUUAAGUCUGGAGGAUGACCCUUUGUCCAAGGCUUCUAAGAGUUCUUGUUCUGGAGCUGGAGGGAAGUCUUCAAGGGUUUCUUAUGAGAGUAAAGAUCAGAAGGUCUCAUUCAAGGAUAAUUGGGGAAGUGAUGAGCAUGGAUCAGCAGAACAUGCAGCUUGUAAGCCAAGUUCAGAACCUAAAAUUGAGGAACCUUCUAGUUCUCUUACUAAAACAAUGAUACCAGAUGAAGAAGAGGCUUCAAAAUCUUUAAAUUGUAAUGAGGAUGAUCCCUCAAAGGAGAGGGCGAAUCAUGUUCAUCCAAAGCUACCUGAUUAUGAUACAUUCGCUGUCCAACUUCUGUCUCGUAAGAAGGGUCGCCAAUAA